AUGUCGCGGAAGAAAGCGGCUCGGAGCAAGGGCGGCGGCGCCGCGCCCUCGGCCGCGCUGCCCCCCGCCGCCCAGGGGCCCGGCCGCGCCGCCGCCGCCGCCGCCGCCCCCCCCCGGAGCCCCGCGCCCGCCCCCGAGCUGCCCCGCAACGGCGGCGCGGCGCCCGGGCGGCCCUCGCUGAGCAGCAGCGGCGAGUUCUACGACCUCGCCUUCAAGGUUAUGCUGGUGGGCGACUCGGGGGUCGGCAAAACCUGCUUGCUGGUGCGCUUCAAAGACGGCGCCUUCCUGGCGGGCAGCUUCAUUUCCACCGUUGGGAUCGACUUCAGGAAUAAGGUGCUGACGGUGGAUGGGGUGAAGGUGAAGCUGCAGAUCUGGGACACGGCGGGGCAGGAGCGCUUCCGCAGCGUCACGCACGCCUACUACCGGGACGCCCACGCCCUGCUCCUGCUCUACGAUGUCACCAACAAAGCGUCCUUCGACAACAUCCAGGCUUGGCUGACAGAGAUUCAUGAAUACGCGCAGCAGGACGUGGUCCUCAUGCUACUGGGAAACAAGGUGGAUUCAGCCCAGGACAGAGUGGUGAAAAGGGAAGACGGAGAAAAAUUAGCCAAGGAGUACGGCGUGCCCUUCAUGGAGACCAGCGCAAAAAGCGGCCUAAACGUCGAAUUAGCGUUCACAGCCAUCGCAAAGGAACUGAAGCACAGGUCCAUGAAGCUGCCCAACGAGCCCAAAUUCAAGCUCCACGACUACGUGAAGAAGGAAGUGAGGGGCUCGGGCUGCUGCCGGUCCUAAUGCGCUCGGUGCAUUUGUACAGAGACUCAUGCCACGUGUUUGUGCGCCGCGCUCUCUCUCCUCGUGGACAGUGUGUGCAUGUCUGUCUUGUGUCUGUAUCUGCGUAAAAGGUGAGCUGAGACCUGUGGGGUGAAAGCAGCAGCAGGAAAAGCUCUUUGGGCCGGCGCCGAGGCCGGCCGUGCUGCACCACGUGCCAGGCACGCUCCCCAGACCCCACAGCACCCACCCACACCACGGGUCCCCAGAGGGAAAUGCCUUUCCCUGGCCGGGCUGCUCUGCUCCUGCCCGGCUCGGAGCCGCUCUGCCCGGUGCAGGCAGGAGGGGACGCGGGGAAGGGGCUUGGUCGGUGCGGCCACGGCUCCCUCCAGGUUCCUCCACCGGUUCAGCAGCGACGGCGCUCAGCCAGGAGCACCCUGGGGUUGCUUUAAUGCGAGGGGGAAUGAUGGGGCCUAGGGGAGCGAGUGCCUGCUCCCCACCAAAAUCUGGGUAGGAAAAAAUCCUGAAUUCACUUUUCCCACAUACCCGGAAUUCAGCUGAUCAGAUCCUUGGCCUGGGGCACACAGGAAAGCUUUGUUUUCAAGGCAACCGUUUUUUAGCUGCUUAUUUAUGUCUGUCAGUCCUUCCCGUGUUGUAACAUAGCUCCUCGAUGAAGAUUUCUCCUCUUCCCCGCAGAAGACAAGAGCUUAGAUGUCUGUUUGAGUAAGCUCCCGCAAACAUCUGUUGUACAGAGGUUUCCUGACUGUUUAUCUGUUCGGUGAAGGCUUUGGUUCUCUCACUACAGCCAUUUCUUGUACUUUAAUGAGAAGAAAGCUAAUGUACUGCAGCUUAUUCCUGAUCCCUUCAUGUAAGCCCGAUAGCUUUUUUAGACUGCAACAGUGCUUUGCUCCGAAGUUCUCUUGGGACAGCUCGCCCUUCUGAAGGAAGAAAGCCGAGGAGGCUGCUGUAGGCAUUGACCGUGCAGGUUUGAGACUUCUGCCAGCUCUCUUCAAGGGACUCCUCAGCCCUUUUGUCUGUGCCAGGCACGUGGCUUUUGCUUUUUUUAAAGCUGCACUUCCAAGUACAAAUUACAACUUUGGAGGAAGUGUUUGGCCUCUGGCAAUUUUCUUAUUAAAAAAAUUCCACCUGCACGACACCAGGUGCCCUGCCGCACUGCCCCUCCAUGCACUGCCCCUGUAAGCAGAGCACUUAACUCAACCCGUCCCUCGCUCCCAGCUGGCAGCAGAACACCAGCUCCCAGCAGUUAUUUAGCUGCACCUGCCCCUCGUCGCAGCAGGGGCGCCAGCCUGAGCUGCAGCACAGCGUUCCCCAAGGGCACAAAGUCCCUCGGUGCACGGUUCAGGCAGGCAGCCACAGAGCGGACCCCUCGCAGCUGCACUUCUUGGUGAGGCACAGUAAAAUGCGCAGCACUCAGAGCUAGAGUGGGUCCAGCACAACGAUGGUACGGAGCCUAAAAUAAACCCGCUGAGAACAGAGCGUUUUUCCUGCAUAGCUUUUUAGGGAGAAAUGUCUGCGUUACCCGACUUAAAUUUUGUUAAAAACCCUGUUCCUGGGGGAAUGUUUGCAGCAACCAGCCUGGAGCAGCCCCCGCUGCUGCGCAUGGCUGGGCAGAGCCUGCUCCCUGCUGGCAGCACCAUGCAGGGCCCGGGGGGGAGGCAGCGAGGGCAGCCGCCUGUUCUGCACCAGCCCUUCCCAGCACCAGAGGCAUCCCCCCAGAGGCACAGAAGAGCAGCAGGCGGCUCAAACACCUGGGUCUGUUCCCAAGCCUGCCUUUGGUGUUUUGUCAGAACUCACGGUGUAAGAGCAGCCCCUGCCCCGAGGCGCCAGUCGCUGCACAGACACUACCUCCUUCCCCCUCCUCACAGGCAGGACACCUUUGGCCAUCCUGCAAAAGCUGGCAGCUCCUAACUCGGUACUUCGGGGUGGGACCAAAAACAACCUAAAAAUAAUUUAAAUAGAGCAGGUGUGAGCGCUACUUUUUGGGUGUGCCUGUCAGGACCUAACUAGUACAGCAGGAACAGAACCGCAUUUGGGCAACUUCCUAACCCCCCCCCAACCUUAAGGGACGCUCAACCCCCAUCCACCCCGUCACAAGUUCCCUAUGCACCACUCACCUCCCACUGCCUGCGCACCAGCCUUGCUGCUGAAGCACCCCUCCGCUCCUCUCUGGCGUCGUUUUACACGGGCCUCUACUGCCACCAAGCGAUGCAGAAUGGUUCAGUGCAUUCGAGCAAGCCGAGGACUUGGCAUGACACGCACUUCUCAUUUUCGCUGGCUCUUGUUUACAGCUUUUGUUUCAUUCCUGUUAAUAAAUCUUUUUUAAUAAUC